UUAGAAAGCAAGUCAAGAGCUCCUUUCACCGCGCUUAUGACUUCGGGGUUGCCUACUCGUUGGAGAUCAAAACUCUUCUUGCAAGCAUAUCGUGGUCUUGAUCAUUUCUUGUUUUCAUGCGUCUUGGAGACUUCUCUGCGCACGUUGUGGUCGAAGGGAAGGAACCGAAUGAACACGAACUCACGGUGAACAGCAGUGGAACACAAGCGACGUGCUGGAUUGGCUCAGAGGCCGGCAAGAAAUUUUCAGUAAACUGGAAGCGUCAUUCCUUGGAAGGUCCGGCCAGCGAAGCGCGUUUAGCUGUGGAUGGCAUAGGUUGUGUCCGUAUGGGCUUCCGUGAAACGAGUCGCGCGCACGCUGGGAGUUGCUCAAAAAUGGUACGCGGAACGGAGGCCAGAGAUCUAAUGUUUUGUGACCUUCAGCUAAGUGAUGACGAGGCCUUAUUGGGGAAGUCUGUUCCAAGCCACCUAGGGGAAAUUACAUUGUGCGUUGUUCGCGGAAGCAUUCGUUACACACGUAGAAAGGCAAGGGCACCAGGGACACCUUCACGUUUGACGUGUCACGCGAACAUUUAUCACGAGAAGUCCGUGAAAAAGCUGACGACCCAUUGUGUUGGGUUUGGACCAGAACGGGAACACCGCUCUGGCCGGACUUCGGAGUUCAAGCGGAACCAGGAUCCACCGCUCGAAUUUAUCUUCAAAUGCAGGCCAAUUGGGAUUCUGCAGGCAAACCAGUUCCUACUGCCCUUUCUGAUAACCCUUCUGGUGCACAACAAACUCCAAGUGCGGUGUCGGAACGGAUAGCACUCCUCGAGGUUAGUGUGGUUCGACCCUUGCAAUGAGUUGGGAGUGAUGAUGGCCGUCUAGAACGAGCUGAAACGCCUACGUAGUCAAGUACAUGAUGAAAUGGAGGACCAGAAGCCCAAACGUAUCAAGAGAGAGCAUAUGGAAAAGCAUCCCUUCGUUCACGGAGAAGUCAUCGACCUCGCUUAGCCUGGGCCAGUGAUAACUAAUAUCAGUCGCAUCGGAAGGCCCGAGAUGGUUGUAUAUCAACGUAGAUGCGAUAAUUCCUUUGGUUUCAUUCCCGGUGCGAAUUUUUGU